CAACUCACUAUUCACUAGUGUGUAGCUGUAUCUGCUUAAAACCAUUAAAGAAUAUAUUCAUGAAAAGUUUCAUGGCGCAAGACAGAGAUAGCCAUAAUAAAAGUUAUCAAAGAGAAUCUUCAUCAACAGCCUCUAAAGAAUCAUCUAAUUGGAGUUCCGAAGUAUCGUCGCCAGUAUCUACAGAACAAUUGUCAGAUUCAUUAUGGGAAGAAGACACUGAAAAUUUAGCAUCUUAUCAUGAAAAACUUUUAACUCCUGAGUUUAUUGUUAGCGAUUUACUGAACUUGUUAAAUAAACAUCUUGACUACGAAAGAGAUGUCUUGACUAUUGGCAGAUCGCUACAAUUAUAUUAUCAACAGAAAGCAAUGCAAAUCGACGGGUCGCCAUCUUUGAAUUAUGAUCAUUUUAUAUUUGGAAAUGAAAAUGAAUUUUUCUUCGCUUAA